GGAUGGUGUAAGACAAACGUUUCCACCUAACAUGUAUAUAGUAUUGUUGAAUAAAAUCAGUUUUGUUUCUGAUAAAUACAGUCAGACAGGUUUGUCUUAAAUUGUGAAACGAUCAGUCUACAAUGAAAAAAUCCUAUCAACAUAUACAGUCAACAGUCAGAAGUGCAUGCUAAGUACUAAUAAUUUUAGGGCAGUUACCUGAGUGCAACAUGUGAACAGUCUAUAUACAGUCAACAGUCGGAAGUGCAUGCUAAGUACUGAUAAUUUUAGGGCAGUUACCUGAGUGCAACAUGGCAUCUCCCUCCAUCAUCUAUGCCGGACCCUACUCUUAAGGAGCCCCACAAUGGUGAACGGUGCCGUUCAAGGUCUUUGUGGAAACAAAAUGAGUGUUUAAUCAUUAUGGGCGUUCCAUGAAUGAUGACAGUCAUCAUGAAGGAAAACCCUACUUCUAUCUUCCAGUUUUUGUUUUACCAUGACUAACAGGUUGUAGUCUUUCACGUGCAUGGACUUUGUCAAUGAAAGACUCUUAACAUACAACCCAUAAAUAUGUUGCCAAGGGCUUUCAAUUUUGGUGAAGGAUUUUGAGUUUGAGCAAUUAAAAGAGAACUACAAAUCUGAGUUCGAGAAUUAUUUUUGACAGUGUUUUCUAUCCUUAGAUUUCUGCUCUGUUGUUUGAACAAUGGAGAUACAGAAUGGAAUAGAAAUUGACUCUUUCACUAAGAGUUUUCAGAGUACAAAUGGCAAAGUCCCUCUGUUUCUUGCAGAAACUGCUGGUAAAGUCAUCACUUGCAAAGCUGCAGUAGCAUGGGGGGUUAAGCAACCUCUGGUAAUAGAAGAUGUUCAGGUGGAUCCUCCAAAAUCAAUGGAAGUCCGCAUUAAAAUCACCCACACCUCGCUCUGCCACACGGAUAUUACAUUCUGGAUGGGAGGGGAAGAAAGCACGUUUCCUCGCAUAUUUGGCCAUGAGGGUGCUGGUAUAAUAGAGAGCGUGGGUGAAGGCAUAACAGAUCUUGUGCCUGGAGAUCACGUGAUUCCAACAUACCAAGGAGAGUGUAGAGAUUGUGGGUGUUGUAAAUCUAAGAAAACCAAUCAGUGUGACAAGUUCAAAAUUGAUAUCAUGAGAACAGUCAUGAGAAGUGAUGAGAAGAGCAGGUUUUCUUUGCGGGGGAAGCCGGUGUACCAUUUCAUGGCCACAUCUACAUUCAGCGAGUAUACAGUCGUGGACUAUGCUUGUGUUGUCAAAAUUAAUCCUAAAGCUCCUUUAGACAAAGCCUGCUUGCUUGGCUGCGGGGUAGCCACUGGGUUUGGAGCUGUGAUGAAUUUAACAGACAUAGAAGUUGGAUCAACAGUGGCUGUUUUUGGCCUGGGUACUGUUGGCCUUGCGGUUGCAGAAGCCGCAAGUCUAAGAGGAGCCUCAAAGACAAUAGGAAUAGAUACCAACCCAAAUAAGUUCGCCAAAGCCAAAGUCUUGGGGGUAACCGACUGCAUCAAUCCAAAAGACCAUGAGAAGCCCAUUCAAGAAGUUAUAGCAGAGAUGACAAAUGGAGGCGUGGAUUACAGCUUCGAAUGCAUUGGAAAUACCAACGUAUUAUACCAGGCCUUUUUGUCUACUAAUGAGCCACUGGGGAAAACGGUGUUAUUGGGUCUGGACGCUAGUCCCCGCAAGAUAUGCCUCCAUCCCUUGGAAUUAUUUUCAGGGAGAACUUUAGUGGCCUCCAUCUUUGGAGGGAUCAAGGCCAAAACACAAUUGCCCGGAAUUGUGGACAUGUUUAUGCGUAAGGAGUUGAAAGUGGAGGAGUAUAUUACUCAUGAGCUCCCUUUUUCAGAAAUCAACAAAGCAUUUGAAUUGUUGUUGGAAGGCGAGUGUUUGAGAUGUGUUCUUCAUUACUAGACAAAUUUUAAAAAAUGGAAGAUUCAUUUCUGAAUGGUAGAUAAAAAAGACAUUUGAGUAGUUGGUUAAGGUUACUUUUGAGACAUGCAUUGGUCUUAAGAAUGUUUUUAUUUUUAUCAAAAAAAUAAAAAAAAAUAUUCUUAUUUUUA